UAAAUAAAUAAAUAAAGUGUAUUAUUAUUGUUGUUGUUUAUGCCAAGUCGAUGCCGUUAGUAGAGAGGCCAUUGAAGGGUAGAACAAACUAAUACUAAGCUAACAGCGAAAAGAAAGUUCUACCGUUUCGACGUUUUCUCUGGUUGCAAAUCGAUUUGGGGGAUUUGGAUUGAAAGAGAAGAACCUUUAAGCUGCAUUCGUUGCCCCAACAACAACAACAACAAUAACAACACAUUCAUCCAUCAACAUGCAACAUCAUGUCCAUGCCAACGCCGUGAGACGAGCUACACAUCACCAUGGUCAUCAUCAGAAUCUUGGACAUGCCCAUCACAUGGCCAUGCAUCCAAGUUUGGAGCAGCAGCCACCGCCGCCCCAGCCACAACAACCACAGGCGGCACAUGCACGUUUGAAUCAUCAUCAUCAGCAGCAGCAGCAGCAGCAGCAUCAACAGCCUGGAACAGGAGGAACUGCUGUAUAUCAUCAUAAUAACGCCGGCAACAUUAAUGGGAGCAGCAAUAAUAAUAAUAAUAAUAAUAACAACAACAAUUCUAAUAAUAAUCAAAUGCAAAAGAUUCGCCAACAGCAUCAGCAUCUUAAUAACAACAACAACAACAACAACAACAACAUCGGCAACAACAAUAACAGCAACAGCAGUAACGGCCAUUCGGGGAAAUGUCAUAAUCAUCCGCCUCCACCAUUGCCGCAGGCGUACAAUCAACUUACAUACAAUCAAUUGCCACCACCGCCACCGCCAGGAACACAUCCUCAGCAUCCUCACAUGGCCGCUGCUCAUUUAAGUAGCUAUGCCCCACAUCCGCCACCACCAACUCAUUACUAUAUGAGCCAGGCGAAACCUUCCAAGUACAACAAUAAUAACAACAGUAACAAUAAUGCCCACUACAGUGCCAAUACCAACAACAACAACAGCAGCAGCAACAGCAACUCUACAAAUUAUGCCCCUAAAACCAUACUACAGAACACAUAUCGGCAAUCGAAGGUCAAUGGCCAACAAUUGUCAGCACAUUCAGUUCAGGAGGCAAACAGCAACAAUAUUAUCAUUGCCACAGAAGCGGUGGUAGUUGCCGCCGCUGGGGCUGCUGGGGAGGAAACAAUUGAACAGUGUCCAGUUGGGCCGCCGCCGCCGCCGCAGCUGUCAGAACUGCCAGUUGAGAUUCCAAUUGAUGGUGAUAAAUGCAGCAGUAGCAGCAGCCUUAGCACUGAUAUACAACCUCAAAUUGAUUCCACACUGCCUAACGAGGAUCAUGGCGUCUCUGCUUCGGGCCGCAAUGGCAAGGAUAAGACGCCCAUGUGCUUGGUCAAUGAACUGGCCAGAUAUAAUAAGAUCACACAUCAAUAUCGUUUGACCGGAGAACGGGGUCCAGCCCAUUGUAAAACAUUUACCGUCACCCUUAAGCUGGGCGAUGAGGAGUAUUCGGCCGAUGGUUUUAAGAUCAAAAAAGCUCAACAUUUGGCCGCCUCCAAGGCCAUCGAGGAGACCAAAUAUAAACAUCCGCCGCCAAAGAUACGACGCAGCGAAAGUGAGGGCAGCUCAUCGAGAACUCACAUCACGCCAACGGUUGAGCUUAAUGCUCUGGCCAUGAAAUUGGGUCAACGUACUUACUACUUGCUGGAUCCCACGCAAAUACCACCUGCAGAUGCGGCUAUGCAAAUGCCAUUGCCUCCGGAAUACGGUGGCGUUUCAUUAUUGCCCACUCCAGCUGCAGCAGCAGCAGCGGCGGCGGCGGCCGCGGCGGGAUUAACCCAACAGCAGCAGCAACAACAGCCCCAACAACAGCCAAUAUCGAUAGCUCCUCCGCCUCCUGCCUUCAUUAGACGACAAUUUGUUCAGUUGGGUGGGCCGCCAAUGCAUCCGCAUGGCAUCUAUGGGGGCCAUCAACGGACAGGCCAAUACCCAGCGAAAUACCACGCAUCACGAUAUGCCCUACCACCGCCUCCGCCCCAUUUGAUGCACGGUGCAUACGGGGCCCAUCAUACGCCCAUGCCAGUCACGCCCAGUAAGAUCACAUUGUUUGUGGGUAAACAGAAAUUUGUGGGCACUGGACGGACAUUGCAGCAGGCGAAGCAUGAUGCGGCAGCCAGAGCUUUGCAAGUGCUGAAGACUCAGGCGUCGGCAACAGCAACAAGUGCAUCCGAUGAAGCUCUGGAGGAUUCCAUGGAUGAGGGCGACAAGAAAUCACCCAUUUCGCAGGUACAUGAAAUUGGCAUCAAACGCAGCAUGACAGUUCACUUUAAAGUCCUUCGUGAGGAGGGUCCUGCCCAUAUGAAGAACUUCAUCACAGCCUGUAUAGUGGGUUCGAUUGUAACCGAGGGUGAGGGCAAUGGCAAAAAGAUCUCGAAAAAGCGUUCGGCCGAGAAGAUGCUUAUUGAGCUACAUAAAUUGCCACCCUUGACGCCCACCAAACAGACGCCCAUGAAACGCAUAAAGGUGAAAACGCCUGGUAAGAAUUCGUCUUCCUCUGGAACAGCUACGACAGACCCAACAGCCACCCCAUUGCCUGGUAAAUUGGAACGUCGCAAACGCCUCAGUGCGCCCAACAAAGAGAAGCUAUUGGAGCAACUGGAUGAUGCCGAGAAUCCCAUAACAAAACUCAUACAACUCCAGCAGAAUCGCAAAGACAAGGAACCCAUUUUUGAGCUGAUAGCCAAGAAUGGCAAUGAUACAUCAAGGCGAAGGGAAUUUGUGAUGGAAGUCUCUGCCAAUGGCAGCACGGCUCGAGGAACUGGCAAUAGCAAAAAAUUGGCCAAACGAAAUGCAGCUCAGGCCCUUUUGGAAUUGCUAGAAGCAGCAGAGCCGGCGGUUAAUGUCAAAUCCCAAAAUACGAAAGAGACAUCAAUAACGGCAACAGGAGCAACAAAGGAUCUGGUAACAGUUGCUGCAGGAGUGGACGUUCCUAUGGUAUCAACACCUGCAGGUCCAGUGCCUGGUAUUCUCAUCCUAAGGCAAAAUAAGAAGCCAUCGAAAAAGAAAGCCAGCAUGGAGGCCAAAGAAGAUGGAAAGGAAAAAGGAAAAGAAUCUACGACUAAAACGGCACCAGCAGGCAACAACAACAGUAACAGCAGCAGCAACAGUAACAACACCAACAGCAGUAGUAACAGCACUAAUGCAACCGAAACGUCAAGCAGCGAAAGUCUUUUGAAUACAUCAACGGGUAGCAAUACGAGUGGUGUCAGCAGCAACAGCAGUAAUACUGGUACAACAACCAAGAGCACAAGCACAAGCAAUACAACGAGCAACAGCAACAGCAACAGCAGCACCAGCAGCAGCAACAUUGCUGGUGUACACAUGAAAGAGCAACUUUUGUAUCUAAGUAAAUUACUUGAUUUUGAGGUCAACUUCUCCGACUAUCCCAAGGGCAAUCACAAUGAGUUUCUCACAAUAGUCACCCUAUCGACAAAUCCACCACAAAUCUGUCAUGGGGUGGGCAAAAGUUCCGAGGAAUCACAGAAUGAUGCGGCGCGCAGUGCAUUGAAGAUACUCAGUGAGUUGGGGCUCAAUAAUGCAAAGAAAUAAAUCGAAAAUCGGUUGAUAAAUAUAUAUGUAUACACACACACAUCCACGAAAACACACUCAUAUAUACAUCAAACAUGCUUAUGAGAGGAUACAAAACGAGAAACUGCAAUUUUAGUCUUGCACAUAUGCAAAGAAAGAAAAACAGAAAAGAAAACCCGUCCACAAAUCCAAAAAAAAAAAAACAAAAAAAACAAGGAAAUCCAAAAAGAACGCUGUGUGCAAAUCGAAAGUGAAGUAAAUAUAAAAUGUAAAAA